AUGGACCCAGCACUAGUCAAGCCUCACAUUAUGGUGGGUCAAGUUUUUGAGGGUAUGAUGGAAAGAGAUGGGGUUUCUUGGAGCUCUAUGGUUGAAGUGUAUUGCAAAGGGGAAAGGAUGGGUGAUGCUGGAAAUUCAUUUGAUAUCAUGCCAGAGAGGAAUGUUAAAAACAAAUGGGAUCAUCUGAGAAAACUGUGGAAGCAGUAUAACAAGUGUUUUGACAAUGAGACUGGGUUGGGUAUUGAUGCUGGAAUUGGGAUGCUUGAGGCCAGUGAUGAGUGGUGGACUCGAAAGAUUGCGGUAUGUCUCAAUGCAAAAACCUUAAAAAAAAAAAGUUUUUCGAAUUGUGACUCCAUGGAUAUCAUGUUUGGAGGCACGGUUGCAACAGGGAAAAAUGCAUUCGGCAUGAGUGGUCAAAUACCAAAGGAAAGCAUCGAAGGAUCUGGGGACUCCGCUGAUAGCACAGAAUUUGUUGACCCUCAAUGUGAACCCUUUGUGAAUGUUAACCCAAUGGAGGUUGAAGGUCCAUCAUCAUCAAGGGCAGAACCAGCAGUGAAUAAGGGGAAAGGCUUGGCAACCAGUAUCCACAUUUUCAAGCCAAUUUGCAAGAAACCAAGAAAAAAGUGUUCAGUUGCGCAAGAGAUGUCCAACUCUUUGAAAAGCAUCUCAGAUAUUAUUGUUGAAAAUAGAAGUGUAAGUACUCGUACACCAUUUGCUUCCACAGCAACUACUGAGGUUAAAGCAAUUCUGGACAUGGUGUUGAGUCUUCCUAAGGUGCAAUCGGGUGAUCACCUUUAUCUAUUCAGCACCUUUUUCUUUAUGAUAAAGUAA